AUGAACGGAACAAUUCUGAAAAUUGUUGGCGCCGAAUGGAAAGGGGUUCUAAACGUGGCUACAGAAAUUACCGGAUCUAAAACAUUUAUUUCCGGAGCCGCAUUUGAAAUGCUGCUUGAUCUGCAGUUCAUUUUAAACUUUAAGCCGGAAUUUACCGUUGUGGAUGAUUACUUUCCGGAUCAUCCCACCAACUCCAGCAUAGCUUAUCACCUCUCGGUAAAGAAUGCUGACAUCGCGAUCGGCCUUCUCUACUACGUGCUACCCCGUUUGGCGCAUGGCUCAAUCUUAGUUCCCCUUGGAAAUGAACCAUUCCAAGCCUAUUUUCUGCAACCUAGCGUAAAAAACGAGUCAGUGUACCAUAAGCCAUUGCCGAUAUCCCUCCUACUCUCGAUGGUACUCUUAUUAGCGAUAAUUUGCAUCUUGACCAUCUUAUCGUCGAAAAAUAGUACCGUUGUCGAACUUUCGUUCAGAGAUUGGAUAGUCGUCAUGCUUAAAAGCGUAUUUUGGGCGUUUGCUACAAUAAGUCAACAAGUUCUACUGUCGGGAGGACUCAUGUGUUCAACAAUGUUAUACAUUUACUAUGCUGCCUCCAUUCUUUCGUAUUUUAACAGGGAUGUUGUCGAGACGAUUCAAAAUUUUACGCAACUGUUGAUCUCAAGCUUCUCGGUGUAUACAGUUUCCUCCGUGACGUCAACCCUCUUAGAAAACCAUGGCGUUACUCAUGAAACAUUUACAGAUGUGGGACAGAAUGCCUCAAUUUUAAAGAUUUUCCAAAGAGGGCACGCCCAUCUCGACACGGACGAUAUUUUCUAUCCAGACGCAGAAUCUCUGGGAAUACCAAACUCACAAGUUUGUACUGUAUCGAAAGUGAAAGUCUUGAAGGGAGGUGGCUUAACGUCAGGGUUUUACUGUCAACAAGGAUUCGAACAUAGGGAAGGGUUCAAUUUUGGAAUUUUAAGGAUAUGUGAGACUGGACUAGCGCGCAGAUACACAGAAGCUUAUCGGAUCGAUAUGGUCGCCCAAUGUUCGAAACGUUAUAUACGUUACCAUGAUCACUUGGGGUUGAAUGAAGUAUCGCUUGCAUUUCUUGGAUAUUUCUUUUAUAUAAUUUUUGCUAUAUUGAUAUUAAUGGGGGAGUGGUGUUGGUUUAAAGGAUUUGUGCGUUAUCAUUGAUUAUACAUGCACAAAUAGUUAUCCCAGUGGCAAAACCUCGAUUCAAGAUGUACGAUUCCAGUGCACAAAUGCUUUAUGUGGUACUUUAAUGUGAGU